AUGCCGAGGGAUGAUGAGGCGCCCAUUAUUGACAGCGACGAUGAACCACUAGAAACUGGCGUAGUAGCUCCGCCCACGAACCGCUUGUUUCUCAAAUGGCUAAGACGACCCCGUUCACUGCGGCUGGAGCCCGCCGUUUUUCUGGCUUUCUUUGGUCGAUUUCUAACAGAUGCGGUCUAUCAGAACCAGAUACUAUACCAAACUUGCGUCACGGUCUUGGAAUACAAUGCCACUCAGUGUGAGCCGUUUCUCGGCACGAAUCGUGCCUCCGAUGAGGUUAAGAAGAUCGAAGGUCAAGUUCAGGAAUAUGCUUCCACCAUCACAAUGGUGAGUUCCAUAAUCGAGAGCACUAUGCCAGCCAUUGUGAGUCUUUUCCUGGGACCCUGGUCGGACAAGUUCGGACGGCGGCCCAUCCUGCUGUCUACAUUAACUGGCUAUCUGGUUAGUGCUGUUGUUUUGAUAGUUCUUACCCAAAUAACGGCGGCCACCAACAUCAGUCCCUGGUGGUUCCUGCUCUCCUCCGUUCCAUCUGUGUUCAGUGGCGGCACUUGCGCCCUUGUCACCAUCCUAUACUGCUAUGUUGGCGAUGUGUCCAGCGAGGAGAAGCGACCAAUGAGAAUGGUGAUCAUGGAAGCUGCUUUAGGCCUGGGCAUGAUGGGUGGCGGUGUGGCUAGUGGUUAUAUCUAUGCCGCCAUUGGUGCGUCGCCACUAUUUAUCUUGGUGGGCAUCCUAAUAUCCACAGCGCUGCUCUAUGUCUUUUUCUUUGUGAAGGAGAGUCUCAAGUUCGAGAACUUACAGGAGGGAUCUCGCAUUAGAGAGUUCUUCCGUUUGGAUCUGGUAAAGGUGCUCGUAAGGACCUGCUUUAAGAAGCGAGAGAAUUACGAUCGGGCCAUAAUAUGGAUGGUGAUGAUGUCGCUGACGCUUUGCGUUUUUGCCAUGGAGGGUGAGAACACAGUAAACUAUAUGUUUAUGCGAAAGCAGUUCGAUUACACCGUCCAGGACUACAGUGUGUUCAAUGCGGCUAGGGCCGUUAUUCAAUUAGUGGGCAGUACCUUGGCAAUGGUUCUACUUCGUCAACUGCUUGGAGUCUCCACUAUUAUGAUGACACUCCUGGCCUUCGCCUGUUGUGUCCUUGAGAGCACAGUGAGAGCCACGGCCGUGUAUGGAAGUGAGAUGUACCUAGCCCUGAUUCUUGGCAUGAUGCGCGGUGUGAUGUCGCCAAUGUGCAAGGCUAUCCUGUCGACUGUGACACCUAGAUCCGAGUUAGGUAAAAUAUUCUCGCUGACUACCUCACUGCAAUCGAUCUCACCCCUGGGAGCUGCUCCCCUUUACACGGCCGUGUACCAGGCCACUGUUCAGUUUUAUCCCGGCAUCUUUAACUUUAUCAGCGUGGGACUCUACUUCUUAUGCUAUAUCAUGUCAGCUACUUUGGUCGGCAUACAAAAAUCAAUGGGUAGUGACAGAGUCUACCAGGCUAUCGGCAGUUGAUCUUUAGAGGCGAAGGGAGAAAGUAACAAAUAUACAGUGUGAAUUUGCCAUUCAUAAGCCAUCGUACGAAGAAACUUUCUACUAGAGACUUAUAGUAUUGUUGUAAAUAUUUGUUAAGCCAAUUAGUUUAAAACUAGUAAAAAGGUAGCUCUUCGGUAGGAGAUUUUAAGCAAAAAAUUUGACCAAAGACUAAGUCCUAAUAUAUAUGUGUAUAAAUAUGUAUAUUCAUUUAAACAGAAUUGUAUUAUUAAAUUGGUUACAAUACACACGUUAA